GAGGUGCUUACCCUCGAAUUGCGAACACCAACGCCUGCGCGUCACUCGUUCUCACUAUGGCUACAUAGCCUAACGCCGAUUCAACACCGAAGAUGUUGUCGCAAUUACGAGAGCAUAAUGGCAGAGCCGCUGGCGGCUCUCACCAUGACGACGCCUCAGACAACGAUGACUACGACAUCCGGCCCUCUGCCGAACUAUCUGACGGCGAUCAUGAUAUCCUAGAGUCAGAAGACGAGCGCGAGCGACUGUUGACACAGAAGGAGGAGAUAACAGGUCUCUUCGGCUCCAGCGUGAAGAUUGGGAAGCGUGAUAGCGGCAAAAAGAGAGCUGAGAUGACGGAGCGCAAAAGACGACUCGACACCGGAACGAGCACACCGACGUAUGACACGGAAGAAGGAGUUGGCGAAUCAACCUCAAGCCUGUUGCGGUCGAGGAGGAGCUCUGAGAGUGACGAGCAGCGGUUGCUUGGAACAAGGGCGCAGAAGAAGGCAAAACGAUCGAGGCGAUGGCGAAGUAUCUAUAUAUACACAUCGAUCACGGGAUUCUUCUUCAUCCUGCUUGCCUUCGUAUACCGUCUCUCAAACCCCAAGGACAGCCAAGUUGCAGCGUUCACAGCGACUGCAAUCUCGAACGGAACAUCACUCUUCGCGCCAACAACGAUCUUGAUCUCGCUCGACGGCUUCCGGGCUGAUUUCCUAUACCGCAAUCUCACACCUACGCUCAACCAGUUCGUAGCAGAAGGCAUUUCGCCUAAGUAUAUGCUACCCAGCUUCCCAAGUGUGACGUUUCCAAAUCACUACACAAUGGCAACUGGCAUGUAUCCUGAAGCGCAUGGAAUCGUGGGAAACACCUUCUGGGAUCCAAUGCUGGAGAAAGAGUUCUACUACACGGAUCCUGAGCGUAGCCUGCAGCCAUUCUGGUGGGGUGGAGAACCCCUCUGGGUGACGGCGGAGAAGCAGAAUGCCAGGACGGCUGUGCACAUGUGGCCGGGAUCAGAAGCGCACAUUGAGAACCAGCAGAUUGCAUAUGUGGACAAGUACAACGGUUCGGAAGUGCUGGAUAGGAAAGUUGACCGCAUCAUGGAUCUGCUCGACGCACCCGGCCCUCAAGACAUAGGCGCCAAAGCUGAUGCACCCCGCCCGCAGCUCAUUGCUGCAUAUGUCCCAAAUGUCGACGGCGACGGUCACAGGUACGGACCGAACAGCACAGAGAUCCGUCAAACCAUCUCCAACGCAGACGCCAUGAUCGGCGGUAUCCUCAAAGGCCUGCAAGAGCGCAACCUCACUAACAUCGUCAAUGUUGUUGUCGUUUCCGAUCAUGGGAUGGCUACCACCGACGUAUCACGCAUGAUACAGCUGGAAGACCUGGUUGACCCGGCCGAGCUGUCCCACGUUGAUGGCUGGCCAUUGUACGGUCUCAGACCUAAAGAUCGAAACAACCUCUAUUCGUUAUACAACAAAAUCAAGCGCGAACACGGAGAUAACCCCAACAUUGAGAUCCACCUGCGCGAGAACAUGCCUGAGCGCUACCACUUUUCGAACAACGACCGCAUAGCACCACUAUGGAUUAUACCAAAGGCAGGUUGGGCGAUCGUCACAAAAAGCGAGUUCAACGUCGAAGAAGGCAAGAAGAAGGGCGAUGUGUACCAUCCGCGAGGCCUGCAUGGCUACGACCACGAACACCCACUCAUGAGGGCAAUUUUCGUUGCUCGUGGGCCGGCAUUUCCGCACACGCCUGGAAGUCGCAUGGAACCGUUCCAAAACAUCGAGCUGUACAACAUCAUCUGCGACUCCAUCGGCCUUACCCCUGCACCUAACAACGGCACCUUGCGCCUUCCUUUAAAGCCCGUUGGCCUGCACAACGAUGACGAAGACUCACCUAACGAGACGCCAUCUGACCCUGUGGGUAGCCACUCGUUGACCUCUGCACCACCUUCUGCAGCAACUGUGGCUGCCGUUCUCUCCUCGCUAUCCAGCCUCGCUGCUCUAGCAUCCGGUCUAGAGGAUCCAACCACGUCUUUGGAAGGAAGCGCUUCGACGUCAGUAGAAUCGAGUACUACUACGAGCGCACCGCCUGCAGCGAGUAGUAAGCCGCCGCAUAAGCAUUGGUGGGACUGGUUCACGGAUAAGGCUGAUGAGAUUGAGGAGUGGGUUGAUGAUUUUGUGCAUAAGCAUAAUCCUCUCGACGAGGACAAGGAUAAGCAGGACUCGUGAGGAAGAUAUUUGACAGGUUUCGGCUUGGUGUUUAGGGCGUUUUGAUGGAAGCUUGUGUAGAGGUCAGGAGUUUGUGCAAUAAUGAUACCCAGUUUUGAUGCACUCUUGAUUUGAUGCACUCUUGAUUUGAUGCACUCUUGAUUGCUUCCUCCUGGUAAUUUCAGUGCAUCUACAUGUCGACGAGGUUAAGCCGCGACAGAACGAUGGCCACCUGAUACAGUUGCAGUAUCCAGACGUCUCAAGAUGCAAUUUCCAUGUUAUUUUGUGGUUUGUGAGGAAUCACUU